AUGCGAGCCGCCAGCCGAGCGCGAGAAGUUGCGCGGUCACCUAGCAGCCCUCCGCAUCCAUCACCCCCACCAGAAGGCUUGGUGUCGGCUGGGUCUUCUCGGACUCAGCAAGCGGCACCCGCCGAUGGUGGAGCACAUCGCAUGCGUUGGUCACAAGCAAUGAACGCAAACGCACUGCGGGCGUACUUUAGGGCAAAAGGGGAUGACACUGGAUGUUUGGCGUAUCGGGCAAGGAUGCAUCGUCUUUUUGCUGAGCUGGAGCCAUCUUUAACUGUCAAAGAGCAAAACCUGGCAGACCGAGUUCGGUAUAUCUUGCCCUCAAAUAUAUAUGAUGUCGCCGAACUCGAACGGCUACGACGUGAGGCUGUUCCCUCAUCGGAUGAAAAUGCUACAGCUGAAGAUGCGGUGCCAAAAAUUGUAGAGCAACCCGCAAACGUGAAUACCGCCGUGAAUACCCCAGUUGUGAUUGAUUUAAACGAUGAUGGAACAGUCGCCCAGGAACUGGAAUUAGAGCAUAUGAGGAGUAAAUUGGAAGAGGCGAUUGUGGAAACGCGCAGUACGCCAGACACUGUAGCAUUCUGGCGCGGCCUGUGGUCAGAGCCCUUAAAUCACAGCGAGGGCCCUUGGACGGAAGUUGUGGCGAGUCAAUGUGCGAGUAUACUGUCCAUGGACCCCGUCAUUAUAACACCGGAUGACGUAGCUGAGGCAGUCCGUAGGGCCCCGAACUGGAAAAGCCCGGGACUCGUCGGGCUGCAUCACUACUGGCUGAAGGGGUUCGUGGUUUUAGACGAAAUUAAAUCUAGAGCUGAACAAAAUAUAACAGUAGCACAAACCAUGGCUGAUCUCAACCUACUCACAUCCACUACUUCACAUGUAACUACAAAAUGUGAUAGUCCAGACAAACAUAUCUCUGAUAAUCAUAACUUUACAGAUAACGCACAAAAUUCUCAUUUAUUAUAA